AUGACGGAGCGGCCGCCGAGCGAGGCGGCACGCAGUGACCCGCAACUAGAGGGACAGGACGCGGCCGAGGCCCGCAUGGCCCCCCCGCACCUAGUCCUGCUCAACGGCGUCGCCAAGGAGACGAGCCGCGCAGCCCCGGCUGAGCCCCCUGUCAUCGAGCUAGGCUCGCGCAGCGGCGCUGGGGGCGGCCCCACCGGUGGGGGCGGUGCCGCGAGGGACUUAAAGGGCCGCGACUCGGUAGCAGCCGAAGCUCGCCAUCGGGUGCCCACCACCGAGCUGUGCAGACCUCCCGGACCCGCCCCGGCGCCCGCGCCUGCCUCAGCUCCUGCAGAGCUGCCCGGAGACGGCCGCAUGGUGCAGCUGAGCCCGCCCGCGCUGGCAGCCCCCGCCGGCCCCGGCCGAGCGCUGCUCUAUAGCCUUAGCCAGCCGCUCGCCUCACUAGGCAGUGGGUUCUUCGGGGAACCGGAUGCCUUCCCCAUGUUCACCAACAACAACCGGGUGAAGAGGAGGCCCUCCCCAUAUGAGAUGGAGAUUACUGAUGGUCCUCACACCAAAGUAGUGCGGCGCAUCUUCACCAACAGCCGGGAGCGAUGGCGGCAGCAGAAUGUGAAUGGGGCAUUCGCUGAGCUCCGAAAGCUGAUCCCCACCCACCCACCAGACAAGAAACUAAGCAAAAACGAGAUACUCCGCCUCGCCAUGAAGUACAUCAAUUUCCUGGCCAAGUUGCUCAAUGACCAGGAGGAGGAAGGCACCCAACGUGCCAAGCCUGGCAAGGACCCCGUGGUGGGAGCUGGUGGGGGUGGGGCAGGGGGUGGCAUACCCCCUGAAGACCUUCUACAGGACGUGCUUUCUCCCAACUCCAGCUGUGGCAGCUCUCUGGAUGGGGCAGCCAGCCCGGACAGUUACACAGAGGAGCCAACACCCAAGCACACUCCCCGCAGCCUCCAUCCUGCCCUGCUGCCGGCUGCUGAUGGGGCUGGCCCCCGGUGA